AUGGUCAGACCACCCGCGGCCGUCUCGAAGAUCGAAGCCGAAACUAAGCAGCAAAUCUUCAAGGUCGCAAUUCUAGGUGGCGGACCGGCUGGUGUUGGAGUCCUGAUCCGUGCUGCACGCCUUGGUUUGCUGGACACACUUUUGGGUGAUGCUGUCGCCCCUGUCACACAUCCCAAUACGCCAACUCCACAAGUGGAUGCCGGCAAUCCACAUUCGCUCGGCUAUGGACAACUUGGGGCCUAUGCAAUCCGAUCAAACACUUUCGCGUCAAAGCUGGUGCAUCAUGUACUAGGGGAUAAAUGGGGAGCAACGCCUCCCGAGGGCGCAACGGGCACGGUGCUUGAGCCAUUGCGCUAUAAUGCUACAGUGGCACAGCUUCUUGCCCUUGGGCCGGCACCUGCACCGUUAGCAGUGAUUGCGAAGUUCAUGGCUCAAGUCGCACAGAUAUUUGCCAAUUUAUUAUCUCGAAGUGGGACCAGUACAUAUCACUGGGGGGCACGAGUGGUGAUGUUACAGCAAACUACAAGUAACGCCUGGCGCAUUCUGGUGGAAGACAGCUCUGGCCCUAGUGGGCACCGCCCACGUGCGGCUAUUUAUGCUGAGCAUGUUGUGCUCGCGCUAGGUGCUUUCCAGAAACUGCCCAAAUUGGACCAGCGGCAUCAUCAGCUUAAGCUUCUGUGCUCUAAUGAAGUACUCUCCCCAAGUGGCUUGAAAAAAAUGCGUUCAAAGCUGGGACUGAAACACGGAAAGAUUUGUAUCGUCGGUGGCGCUUUCGAAGGUGACACGUCUUCCCCUCCUGACAUGCAGCAUAGUCAUCUACCGCUCCUUGAACUUACGACAACAUCCCGCAGUGACUUGCAUCAUCCAGCAAUUGCAUCUCCCAGCGAAACAGCAGCUCAGUCCACAUUGUCGUCUUCGUCGGGACCGCUGCUAUCAAUUACUAUUUUACACCGCUCACCUGUGCGUGUUUUCUACAUAUCAAAGCGCGAGGCAGAUGCGGAUGGCUACAGGGACUAUAAACAGACAAAUCGCCAUGGACAGGUCCACGCUUUCGCAGGCCUCCGGGGAGAUGCUAAGAACUUCUUCAACCAAAUUUCACGCGGUCGUGAGCCACGCGUGCGUCUCUGUCAGGUGAAACCUGGUGGUAGCAAGAGCCUUAUAACGAGAUGCUUUGAAGAAGCCCAUGUUGUUGUCUGGGCUACUGGCUAUGAAUCUCAUGUAGUUCCUAUACAUGACAAGGCUGAUACACAAAUUCACCUUCGUAUGGCACAGGGUCAAGUGCAAGUUGACAGACGAGGUCGUGUCGUAUAUGACGGCACCGACAUAGUGGACGAAUCAGAUGCGGUCUUGAAUCUCUACGGCAACGGUCACGGCUAUGGCCUGCCAGCAAUAUAUGAGAACGGCGAACUUGAUGGCUCUAAGGGCCGUGCAGAUGGUAUUGCCGUGUAUAUGAAGCAUGCAGCCUCUGUUAUUCUGUACGAGAUCUUCGGCGACGCUUAUCCAGGUCCAACGCCUCAUAAUCCCCCAUUGUCGGACAAGCCACAUCCACCUAAGACGUCAUUUGAUUCCGAAAAACAACUGGCACAUGUUGACCGCCUCUGCCAGCCAAAACCCCCAGUUCAGAAUUUCCCUCUCUCAAGCACGAAUUCCGGUGUGUUAUCUUCGAGCAAGCAAGCACGCAGUUCAAAGAGACACAAGUGCAGCAAGAAGGUCACAUCAAACUUGAGCGCACAGCCCCUGGUCGUUACGCCCCGGGCCAUGGGCAACACUUCUCCUGGGCGGAAGCGCGUCUGCCGGAGGGGAGGCGCGCGGCGCGGCGGUCACGAUGACGGUGGCGACGACCUGGUAGUCCUUCCGCCAGGGGACGCCACCCCGCACGCGGCGCGCGAGGCGUCGCAGCUGCGGCGAUCGUUCUUCAAAUCGGACCUCGGCGCGACGACCGCGAUGAGCAGGUCCUUUGGUCGCUUGUCGUCUGAUUAUGAUGAAUUCAAUAAGACUAGGACGGUACCUCUAAAUUAUGCUUUGGACCACCCUUGGGAAAAGAACUUUUUCAGUAAAGACUCAGCAUCUCUUGAUGGGAAGUGCCCAGCAUCAGACUACACACACGACGGACCUCCUCGAUCCUCGCGUACUAAGCCUAUUAGCAGGUCGACCUUUUUGUUUUGGGAUUUUUACUUCAAGUUGCAGUCGCCAGUACGGCUAGGGAGCCCGCUGGAGUCGCCAGUACGGCCAGGAGCCGGGCAGUCACGGGCGUAUACCCUGCGGCGUUUGGCUCGGGCUUUGAUUGAGCUUCGAUUUCCGUCCACUUGGCCUUUCGUAUCUCCCACUAGCCUGAGCUAA